AUGGAGCUUUUGAAUCUUUUGGCUUCUUGUAGUAAAGAGAUAUCUAAUGUUGUGUUGAAGAAUGCUCCUGAAAACUUGAAACUUACAUCACCUGACAUUCAGAAAGAUAUCAUAAAUGCAAUUGCAGUUGAGACUACUAGAGCUAUCAUUAAUGAUAUUGGUAAUGAUUUUUUUGUCAUAUUAGUUUAUGAAUGUCGGGAUGUGUCUGUCAAAGAGCAAAUGGUGACACAAGCUACCUCACUUGAGAAGGGAAUUGAUUCUUUAUUUUCUACUUAUGGUUUGAGCAUUUCUAGUUUGAGAGGUCAAGGAUAUGAUGGUGCAAGUAACAUGAGAGGUUCAUAUAAGCGCAGGGAUAUGCUUCGAGAGAGCCAAAGAGAGAAGAUUAUGGAAGGCAUUGCAAGUGAUGAAAUUAAGACCGGAAGGGGAUUGAAUCAAGAAAUGGGGACACUCGUUGGAGUUCUCAUUACGUAUGUUGGGGCAAAUGGUACAGAUGAUUCACAAAAAUAUGAAGCUAUGGAUUUGUUAGAUGUUAUUAGUCGAUUUGAGUUUGUCUUUGUAUUACAUCUGAUGAAGAAAAUUUUGGGAAUUAAACAUGAUCUAUCUCAAGUGCUACAAAGGAAAGAACAAGAUAUUGUGAAUGCAAUGAGACUUGUUAAUGUAGCAAAAACUCGCUUGCAAGCAAUGAGAGAUAAAGAAUGGGAGAUGAUGCUAACUGACAUUUCUAAGUUUUGUAGUAAAAAUAAGAUAGAAAUGAUUGAUAUGGAAGAUGAAUAUGCACCUCGAAGAAGAGGAAGGCGUAGAGUUGAGAAAAUGACAAAUCUCCACCAUUAUAGACUUGAGCUUUUUUACACUGUGAUUGACAUGCAGGCUUUAGAGUUAAAUCAACGUUUUGAUUAA